AUGGCGUCAUCGGCUGCACCUGCUCCCGCACAUAGCUUCGAGUUUGAUCAUGGUGCUGAUGAUGAUCCAGAUCCUGUUUUUCCACCUGAGGAUCCUAUUGUUGCAGCACUUCCUGAUCCAGUGCCGGUGCUGUUCGACCGUGCACCUUUUGCGACCCAUCUUGAUCUACGAUACGCUCACACCCGCAACGGGUGGAUAGAUGAUGACGAUGAUUACCCACCUUUUGUGAUACCAGUUACACCCCUUGUAGCCCCCAUUUCAGCCCCUGUUUCAGCUCCCAUUGAUGUUCCUUUGCUUCCCACACACACCCCAGAUGCUCGCCGCACAGACUUACCUAUCACGUUUCUUCAGGACAUACCUCCACCACGUCCUGGAGAGGGUUCAUCUCGUCAGCCUUUUGGUCAUACACCUUUUGUGUCAGGAGGAGACCAGUUUGUGCCCCAGAUUUCUCAUCCUACUUUUGUUCCCACUGUUGCACCAUUUACUGUACCAUCCUUCGCUCCAUCUAGUGAGCCAUUCCUCUAG